AUGCGUCCACACGCUCUCCACAUCCUGCUUCUCGCCCCCUUCGCCUCGACCAUCCGCACUCCAGACUGCGUCCGCCCUUCACCGCCUCCCACUUCCCUUCCUACCAUCGCCGACUGCGACAAACUCCUCCAAUUCAUCGAGGCCGUCGCCCGCUUGCAACGCAACAUGCCUCUGACCUGGAGCCGGCACCCGCCUCGAACCGCAGGCCAGCAGUUGCCCGCAUAUUUCUCCCACGGCGCUGGGAAUGAGUGCGAGUUCGUUGUUGACGUGGAGGGGGGGAGCGAAGUAGAGUACGUGGAGGAUGUUUUUCCGACGGGGGAUGUGGUGUUCAUAGGGAGGGAUAUUGUGCAGACUUGCUUGGUUGGGGAGGCAGGAGCGGAGGAGACAAUUGGGUCGGACGUUGUGGGACCGAGGGAAGUCGUGCGGCUUUGGCUGAGGAAGAAGGGGGUGGAGGGGAAGGCAGGCAGGGCUUUGGACCUGCUGAAUGGGACGUUGCGUAGUUUGAAUGGGACCGAUGGAGCGAUGUUGAUGAGGACAUUGGAAGAAGCGGAGAAUGUGAGCGGCAUAGCUUGA